UUUGGUUUGAAGGAAUGGCCUCAAGGAUCUAUAGAAGAAGCAGUACAAAAUGCUGUGAAGUCAUGGGAGUUGGAGCUAUCUCACAAGACUCGCUUACAAGACUUCAAAACUAUGAAUCCUGAAAAUUUCAAGCUCAUCGUCAAUGGACAAGGAACACUAUCAAGAGAAGGGACACUUAGGAUUGGCAGCUAUAAUGCCUUGUUGAGAAGCUCUCUUCCUGAAAACCUUAGAUAUCAUAAAUCAGAGGAAGAAACCUAUGAACCAUCCCACAAUGCCUUUCGUACUGCUUUUCCUCAAGGAUUUGCAUGGGAAGUGAUUAAGGCUUACUCUAGACCGCCUGUGAUUUGCUAUAAGUUCAGGCAUUGGGGAUACUUUGAGGGACCUUUCAAAGGACAUGCCCUCACAAGGGAAGUGGUUGAGUUCUAUGGGAUUGGUGUCAUGAAGGUCUGUCCAAAGGAAAGAACUCAAAGUUCAUAUUAAUUCAUGUAAAAAAUGUGGAUUUAUGAUUUUGUUUUUGUUACAAGUUGAUGAAUCUAUGAGGGCAGAAGAGGUGGAGAUAUACCAUGACCCAACAGGGCUACUUGCAGGCCUUCUAAAGGGACCAAACAUAUCAGGUUCCGAUAUUGAACAAAAGAACUUCAGCCAUGAUUCAUUUUCUUCUCAUCAUUGUCCGUUCUUCCAGUAGAUGAAAAGUUGCUUUGAUAUAAAGAGACCGUUAGCUA